CUGAUGCCGACGGAUUAUCCCCUUGCACAAUCAGGAUCAACUGCUGUUGCAUGCUGGGUUCAUUCGAAUGACCCCAACGGCCCAGCAACCAAAGUGUAUGCUUCAUGCCUUGGGGAUUCUAAGGCCCUUGUUUUCGAUAACAAAACUGGAGCAAUCAUGGAAGGCUCAAUGCGAGUUUGGGACGAGGAGCAAGGCACUUUGAGUAUGGAUACUUUUUUGCUUCACCUCAUAUUGUGAUCAAUUUUUCAAAGAGGGCAAAGGCGUUACCAGAAGCGGGCGGUAUGAAACAGAAUCUCACGGUUUGACUGGAGACUUGAAGAUUGCCAAGGAUGGAUCUCCUAGCGGCAUGAACAACGAUCCGACUGGAGUUGGUUUCAGAGAAUUUGAGCUGCUACGGAAAAAGCACAAUUUUGCACCUUCGCGGAGACCAUUCAAUAUUAGUAAC